AUGUCAAUAAUCGAACAUGCCAAAAUCGACAUGUAUGACUUUCUGCCUAUCCCCUUUGGUCUAGUUAGAUUCGGGGUUGCACCUGAUCAUCCUGAAGUAAAGGUAGGCGAGUUAAAAAUUCCCUCCCCAUGCAAUAGUAUCAUUGUUACUUUUCUCGGGGAUCAAGCUGUUGAUCUUCCUCAUUUGCAGAAUUGCCAAGAAAGAUUCAGUGAAGUUGCUUCGUCUCCCAAUUUCAAUUUUAUCGGAAACAUAGAUGUAGGGAAAAGCUUGACUUUGAAGAAGCUUAAAGGCCAUUACAAUGCCAUCCUUUUUGCAUAUGGAGCGUCCCAAGAUAGGAAACUUGAGAUCCCGGGAGAGGACGGAUUGAAGGGCAUUUACUCUGCGCGGCAUUACGUUGGAUGGUACAAUGGACUACCGGAGCAUGCGGAACUGAGCCCAGAUCUAUCAACCGGAGACACAGCUGUUGUCAUUGGACAGGGAAAUGUUGCUCUUGAUGUAGCGCGGACGCUCUUGACUAAUAUUGAUGUCCUGCGCAAGACUGACAUGACGGAUCGUGCUUUGUCCGUGCUGUCUAAAAGUAGAAUCAAAAGGGCUGCAUUCACUAUCAAAGAGUUGAGAGAGCUACUUCACCUACCCGAAGUUUCCUUUAGCAAAAUCGACCCUUCACUUCUGCCUCCGCCUGAAAACAAGCUUCCUCGCACACCUCGACGGAUGGUCAACUUACUGAGAGAGGGCUCUACAACUCCAUCCGAUAUGGCAAAUAGAUCUUGGAGCUUUGACUUCAUGCAAUCUCCACGGAGAUUCGUCGGACACGAGAGUCGGCGAGAGCUGAAACAGGUGGAUUUUGAGGAAAAUCGUUUCCAGGAGCUUUCGCAGCGGUUUGAGCCCUCCGCAAGACUGGGCCCGACGACAAGAGCGACUACCAACUCAAUUACAACGUCCAUUGCCUUUCGUAGCAUUGGAUAUAAGUCUGUACCAAUCGACGGAAUGCAAGAGCUGUCAAUACGAUUCAAUGCAGUCCGAGGGAUCAUUCCAAACGAUGGAUACGGACGUAUUCUCGACCAUCCCGACUCCUCGACCUCAUCUGAGGGCCAAGGAGAUGCAUUGCCCGGACUUUAUUGCGCAGGCUGGGUCAAGCGCGGCCCAGCGGGAGUAAUCGCGAACACAAUGGAAGACGCCUUUGCGACUGCCGAAGCCAUCGCCAAGGACUGGGAGAGCGCAAAACCAUUCUUUCCCGGUGGCGAAGGCUGGGAUAUUUUGUCUACCGAAGUCGCACAGAGGGGUUUGCGAACCGUGUCUUGGAUGGAUUGGUUGAAGAUCGAUGAAGCAGAGAAAACCCGUGGCAAGGCCGCGGGAAAGGAAAGAGAAAAGUUUACGACUAUCUCCGAAAUGCUUUCCGUGUUGGAUUGA